CAGUUGCAAGGUGCGGCAAGCAGUUGGAUGGGAGAUCAUAGUGAUGUCAGGACAGGGAGGGCUUACAUUAGGAGAUAAGGCCAGCUAAUGGGGAUGAAAUGAAUCGGUAUUUAAAAGGUCUUUUUUAGUUUAGUUGGAAGUGAAACAGGGACAGUAGAGAGACAGGUUCUGUGAGCUGUCCAAACAUUUUUCGUGUACAUUUUUUGGCUUGUCUUUUUACCUGAAUUGGGACAAAACCAGUUCCAAGCUCUGUUCACUGGUGUGAACUUGAAGCAUUCAGGUGGAGGUCAAAGGUCGUGUACGUGUCAUGACCCCACGGGAGCAGCUGAGGAAGAUGACAGCUCUGGGAGAACAGGGGGCUUUGGAUGAGAAGCACUGGUACCGUCUGGUCAACGGCAUGUCAGCUGGAGAGCUGAGGCAGAGGCAAGAGCUGAUAAUGAGGAAUCAGAUGGCCAUGGCUCCACAGAUCCUCGCCCAGGGGCAGCAGAGGUUACAGGGGGUCCCAGCACAGUUCGAACCUCGCUUCAUGGAGAGGGAGCUGGUCCCCAACACCGAGAUUGUAGCUUCCGAUGGCAGACAGAUGCACAUGGGACCUCACCUGGGUCCACCUCUACCUCCGCAUGCCAACGUCCUGCCAGGGAGAGCUUUCCCUGGAGCAGCUGGCUAUGGCUUCUUGCACUCUGAGCCCAUGGAAACAGUUGCCCGGCGACAGGAGCUCAUUCACAAGCAAAAUAUAGCCAGAAUGGAGAUGAAUGCCAUCCUGCAUCAGAAGGAGCUGGAGAAUGCCCACCAGAAGGGACUUAUGGGAAUUGAUAAUACCAUGUCGUACCCUUCCAACCCCAUGGCGUUCAGAGGUCGUCAGCGCAUGCCAGAUGGCCAUGAUGUCUUUGUCCACCGUCCCACCCUGGAUGAACUGCACUCCAACAGCAUACUCAUGUCAGCCAGCCCUUACCCACCAAUCAGCACACUGCACAGAGAGAGGGGACGCAGGGCCGGCAGGAGGCCGACCAUUCACAAGAGUGCAGAGAGCCAUGUGGCCAACCUGAAGGGCCAAACUGAAGAUAAAAGUGUAGAGCAGAGCCCGGGAGCCACAUCAGGGGAGGAGAAAGAGGUGGAGGCAAAGGGGGACAUGGGAGAGGAGUGUGCCACCAGCAAGACGCAUCAUCAAGCGAAAAUAGACUCUGAGCACGCCACAGGAAGCAGGAAGAACUACAAAGAGGGGGAGCCAGGCCUGCGUAAAGCCUGCAUGAACAGUCAAGAUGGGUGCUCAGAUGCGGCCAACAGCGGUGCAAAUGAUAAAGACAUAUCCAGCCAAUGUUCAGCUUUCCAGGAGAAAUUCAUGUAUCCCUCCGCUGGUGGAGCGCUCACAGGCAUGCCUUACAUGUUCCCAGUCCCUGGAAAUGGUUUCCUUCCACCUGGUCCACCCAACCUCUUUCUAAAUGGCGAUGAGGUGCCCGAAGAUGUAAGGAAGUGGACAAUGAAUGAUGUUUACAACUUUAUUAACAGCAUACCCACAUGUUCAGAAUAUGCUCAGACGUUCAAGGACCACAUGAUUGAUGGAGAGACACUGCCCCUCUUGUCAGAGGAGCAUCUACUGGACACACUGGGGCUCAAGCUGGGACCAGCCCUUAAGAUCCGCUCACAGGUGUCCAGGCGUCUGGGCAACAUGAUGUACAUGAUGAACCUGCCACUCUCCACCUCCGCCCUGCAGGCCACUCCCGAGAAGCCCGGGGACCGCUCACCAGAGAUUGGCUCCCCUGUAAACUGCAACAGUGAGGAGAUGAUGGCGAGUCCAAGAGACCCUGAUGUCCUCAAAUCCACAGAACACCUUCACGAGACAGAAAACAACUCCCCUCCAUCUGCCAGCAGUGAGACGGUCUGAUCAGUGCUGAUAAUAUGGACAGAUGCAAACCUAACCAGUCUGCACCUACAGUACAGCGUGGCACUACCUGAACUCCUGCUGCCACAGUGGUGGAUUUGUUUACAUAAUGAUUAACUGGAUUGAAGAUGCUUUUUUUACUUUUGCUACCUGGGCGUUUAAUGCACAGGUUCACACUAGGCCCAGCUGUCGCUAUGUCUAAUAUUUCUAUUUCUAUGUGUGUGUAUAUAUUUUUAUGCACACACAUACAACUGUGGAGUGAAACUGAUGUGGAUUUUGAGCUGUGAGACGAUAAGAAGGUCCAAUAUAAUUUUUCUUUUCUUCUUUUUCAUUUCAGGCCUGAUUGUAGCUUUAAACUUACUUAGUUACUUUUUUUUUUAAGCUGCUAAGUGUCAUUUCUCCAGUAGGCCGGCAUAAGGACCAUAGAAAUCAAAUGGGAAUGGUUUUAUAAUGGAAUAAUGAAAUAUCUAAGUUUGGAUUUGGAUGUUUGAUACCUUUUUGCGUUUGUUGCAUUGUAAAUAAAGUGUUUUUCUACAUAGGAA